CAGUGGAAGCAGCAGCAGCAGCAGCAGCAGCAGCACAGGUCUGUUCCGGCUGCUCCUCUCCCUCUCCCCAGUGGAGAGGCAGCACUGUGCGCUCGGCUGAGCUGCGCCGGAGGAAGCAAAGCGUGGAGAAGAAGAGUUCACCGAACUCACAGCGGAUCGUUUGGAUCUUUACUUGUCUUCUUCCAGCGUGCCACUUUGGUGUGGACAGAGAGAAAGAAGCAACAAACACCCGCAGGGCUUCACCUGGGGCCCAAACCCCAUCACUGUAGCAGUAUGGGCAACUUCUCCAGCAAGGAUGGCCAUGGACCCACAGGGUCCCAUGUGGAGAGUUUCCACACUCCUCCUGCUUCCCCACAAAGUGACGUUCCUCCUGUCAUUCCCGCCGUCCCCCAACUCCUCAACGCCUCCACGCCUCACUCUCCCCUCGCUGCCCCACUGUCACCUCCACCUCCAGUCCCAGUCAUCACAUCAAUUGGGAAGAAAUCACAGCCCCCCUCCACCACCACGCCGACCACUCCCAGCAAAUUCAUCCCCGCUCCUAAUUGGAAGCCUCCCCCACCGGUCGGCUCAAACAGCUCAGCCACUGGCCCUGGAGUCAGCCUGGUGCACAACAACAAGCCUGGAGCUGCUGUGGUUAAAGCACCAGCUGCUGUGGGAAGGAACGGGGGUCCUCCCACCUCUACGCCUCGGACUCCCGGCUCCCAGGGGAAGACUGUGCUUUUCAGCCCGACAAAAAAUCCCUCUUCUGUGUGUGGUGCCUCACCUGUGGUGGGCAGUUCCUCAGGACUGACCUGGAGGGAAAGGGACAGUGGUCUGAGUCAGUCUUUUCUGCUGGGUCAUGAAUCUGGGGACGGCCAGGCUGAGGAACUGAGGAAGUUGCUGGAGGAGUGUCGGACAUCACUGGGUAUCACUGACAGUAACAAUCGGGCCACGGACACAGAAGAGAUACUGAGACAGCUCCUGGCAGAGGUGAAGACUUUGAAGAGCACUUUGGAGACAGAGCGUGGGGAGUGGCUGCAGUUCCAGGCUGACCUCCAGGUGGCGGUGUCAGUAGCAGACCGCCUGAGAGCCGAGGCAGAGGAAGAGCUGACGGCUCUCCGAACAACGCAAAAAGAUGUGGAGAGGGAGCUGGCUGCUGCCCAGCAGAGGCAGAAGGAGGCUGAUAUGCAAAUUGUGACCCUGAGGGGGGAGCUGAAGGAGAGCAGGCAGAGACUGGCAACUCUCAAUCAGGCUGAAGGUAAAACUGACGCCCGGGCUCCGGGUCAGGCCCCAGAGAGGCCCAACGCGGAACCAACCGUCACUUUUGAGAGCAGAGAAGGAACCCAGAGGGGAACGGAGAGGACGUCGUACAGGCUGGGACGAGAAGGGAUGGAGAGACGCAGCGAGAAGGACCUGACGAAGAAUGUUGUAAGCGAGGAGGCGAGGACGGACUGUAAGGGCGUGGCUAAACGAUACCUGAGGAAUGUAACCAAUGAGGAUAAAAGGGGAGAGGAGGCGCGAUCCACUGAGACAGGACGGACGAUAACCACAGAAAGAUCAAGAAGCCUCUCCAGAUUACCUGCCUCGUCAGACCUCUCCAUGCAGAAUGGCACAUCGCAGUCCAAUACCGCCACAACAGUGGGACCCGCAAAAAUGAACUCGGGGCAAAUAAGAAGCCGAAAAAAUCUGGAUUGGCAAGACAGCAAGUCAAGCACUGACAUAGGGAAACGUGAGGAGUCUCUAAACAAGUACAACUCUGCCCUCACUGAGUUACCUCCCACCAAGUCCCAGGAUGGUUUCAACCUGCUGCUGCGUCGCCACGGAGGCUCCAAAAGAAACUCGCUGCUCCGCUGGUGUCAGAGCAGAACCCAGGGCUACAAGAAUAUUGACAUCACCAACUUCAGCAGCAGUUGGGCCGACGGCCUCGCCUUCUGUGCCGUCUACCACACCUACCUCCCCUCACACAUCCCCUACAGCAGCCUCACACCAGAGAACAAGAGGGAGAACCUCAGUCUGGCAUUCAAAACAGGAGAGACUGUUGGGAUUGCACAAACCCUGACCGUAGAGGAGAUGCUGAGAGCAGGGGGUCCUGACUGGCAGAGGGUGCUGAGCUACGUGGAGAGCAUGUACCGUCACUUUGAGAUGUGACCGCUGACAGAGGUACUGACGGGACACAGCAAAGGAAACUCAUCACGUUGUUAUGACGAUGUCUCCAUUAUUCCUACACUAUGUCUUUGGUGGGUGUCAGGAAACUGGUGAAACAGCUCUGCAUGAAAAAAAAGUCAUUCAAAGCUGCAAUCUGCAACUUUUUGACGUGAAAUAUGAUUUUGUUUAAGAUGCAGUGCAGGAUUUCUUAGAAACACCAAUAACUAUGAUAAAAAGCCAUCGCAACCAAAGGACGUAAACACUGACGUCAGCUUUUCCCACUCGGGUCGUUUCAUUUUUGAAUGUGACUUUACAAAGGCUGGCUCAGGCGAGAAUGAGGGUGUAGGAGAAUCUAGCACAUUGGAUUUCAAAUAUUUACUGAAUAAGUGACUUUACGUACAAUAUGAACAUUUCACAGUUAAGCUGAUGUGUUAGUAACACAUGAGGAAAAUCCUUGUUUUGUCAGUAAAUUGGGAAAAUGAUAUGUGGUAUAUAGAUACCUGAUAAAAGCUUGAUCCUGAUCAACAUAAUAGUUAAAACAUUUAAAUUACUUAAAUAUUAAUUUUGUUCCCUUUGGUUCCUUUGCUGUCAUAUGGAAAUGCUCCCUGACCAUAAACUAAAGAUGGACGACAUGACUGCUCCCCCAUAAGUGAAUCCAAAAGAUCUCUAUCAUCAGUUGGUGACUUCCUGAAGUAUCGGUAAAAAAUCUUUCAUGUUAGGGGAUGGGACAUGAACCAAAACUAAAAAGUCCCGUAAAACUUUUCCCAAAGAUCAUGUCUAUUUAAAGAGGUGCAACUUCGUGAUUGACAGCUGAGACUGACAUGUCGAGCGCAUUUAUCAAAAGGACCUCACUAUUGCAGUGCCACCCCCUGAUCACUAUUGUACAGACUCUGACUCCAAAUGUUUAAAAUGGUGGCCUUCCUGUCUGGGAUAUUUUCCCCUAUUUUAUGGAUAAUGGGAGGAAGUGGAGACCUGUCGUCCAUCUUUAUGAUGUCUAUGUCUCUGACCAGGUCGAGGCAGUGGAAGUGACAUCGACUCCACAGUCAAUUUUUCAAUAUUUGUUGUUGUUUACCUGCCUGUAUGUUUCAUCUCCUUAAUCAGCUGACAUUUCCCACACGUGCGCAGUUUAUCCAUUUGAGUGAAACGUUUUGAGAUGAGCAUAAUGCAAAGAGUUGCAUAUUGCAGCUUUCAAGAUAAAGCUUCUCAUUGACCACCAUUAUAGAAAAUAUGUGGAUCUUUUUUGAUAGUAGCUCUUGGAGAAAGGUUGUGUAAAGAGAACGAGGUGCUGUAAACGUCUCCACACUGGCAGAAACUUUAUCACAUUGUGACUUUCAUCAGAUAUGUUCAACCUUGCCUUUUUACCCUUGUAUGUGACUCUUUUUUCCUGGACCUUUUUAGCACUCUGUAAAUAUGCACUUUGUCCGCACUUUUUUUUUUUGUUGGUGUAAGAAUGUAAUGUACAGUACAGAUCUGUGUGAAAAGCAUUCAGUGUCAAGGCUGCAGACCAGUCUGUAUUUUCUUUGUGAAUGGCAGGAAAACACUGUGAGUGUUUGGCAGUGAUCGAAAUCGAAUAAAUAAUAUCAUGCCUCCGUGUUAUCACAAGCGUGCCAAUGAUGCAUUGGUGCUCAGGGAUGUGCAUGACAGGAGUGACACAUAGCAAAAAAAAAUACACACACAGGCAGAGUUUUCAUUUCACUUUACAGCUGCAUCCGCCAAACGUCUUAUUUCAUCAGUGCUGAGAAACUAAACACCAGGUACUGUCAUGACAUGUUUAAUGCCGUGUGUGUUGCCAAAGUCGUACGUGCCAAAAUACACCAUCUAUUGUAAAACAUGUUUAUAUGUAACUAGUGUGAAAAAAGAAACAUGAUACCAAAGAAAUAAAGUAUUAAU